AAGGAGCUCGACUACCACCGCACCGCACACACUUUUCCAGACUAUGGCCCUGUAAAGCGCAGUAAUCCCUGGGGCGCGAAAGCCGUCAACACCCUCGAUUCGAGCCCCAAGAAGACGACCGAAAGGCCACAAUCGGCCCAUUCCAAUGACUCUCGAGAAACACCACGAGCGAAGCGGCAGAAGACGAGCCGGGAUACCGAAGUAAUACCACGGGGGUCACAAGAGUCUAUCGAGGAAUUCCCGUCUCAACCGAUUCAAUCGCGGGGUCACACGUACAGCCCCUCAAUAUCUCCUUCGCCUAUCAGUUCGCAUGUUCAUAUGUGGAAUUCACAUGCAAUGGCUGAGUACCAGGGUCGAGGCAAUCGCCGCCACCGGCAUAGGUCUCUUGGUAGCAACAAGAGUCAGUCCUCGGCCGAGGACUUUCCCAGUGCGUUCGGUCAGAAAUACACUGCCCCCGAUAAUCAAGAACAAACUCGGUCUAAAGUGCAAAGCGAUGCGGCCGACUUGGAGAUUCUGAGGAAUAUAUCAGCCCACUUACAGCCUGCCCAACCCAAGGGGAAGAAGAGACUGAAACAGGAAUCCCACGAAGACGACGAGCUGGCAAUGGGUCAUACGCCCAAUGAUGGCAAGAAGCGCCAGCCAGGGCCCAGCGUCUCUCGCAGGGGCGAUAUAGUCCCUACACAAUUCCCCAGAAAGGCAGCCAACGGUCGUGAGGACUGUCAGUCUCUUGGAGAGUCCGAACGCUUCACUGUUUCUGCAGCAGUCUGUUACCGGAAUUACUAUUAUGUGGCUGGUGAGAAAGCCGGGACAGAUGCAUGCUACAUGCAAGCACAUCAUGAUAAACCUCAGGCGGAACUUCGCGCCUUUACACAAAAUGGAAACCCCCACGGGACGCAACAGUGGCUCAAGCUUACAAACAAGAUCAAAGCCUUGCAUUUUCACCCGUCCAGUAGCCUCAUUAAGGUCACUCAACCCACUGAUACAUCUCUGGACAUCGGUAAACUGCUGGUCAUCAAGUUUGCGACUCCUCAGGAUGCUUCAUCUGUUGCUCGUUGGGCUACAAGGGUUCUCAAGCUCCAUGCCAUUUAUGACAAAGCACUCGGUGAAAUCAAUCGAGAUACCCCAUGGUCAUCAGCAGGCAAAGUCGCUGGUGCGGGAUCUCCUAAUGCUCAGCCUCCCGAUGCUGGCAAGGCACGGGGCACCAGUGCUAGCAUUACACCCAGCCAAGUCUCACCCUCGAACAAACCGAGAACCACCAUCCGCGGUUCCAUGCAAGUUUCGGAGCCCGCAACACCCCAACCAGUCGCGACUUACGGCAGACGAUCUUUGAGGUCAACUCAUGGAUCAACGACAGAUGCGACUUCCGCUCCAAUUGAUGUAGAUCUAUCAUUAUCGCCUGAGACCCCUCCUCCGCCUCGUUGGUCUUUGCAAAACAGGAGCUGGUUGGAAGACUGGAAGACACCGUUACAAUUUGGCAGAGUACAGGUGACCAAGGAUGACAUACCAAGACUGGAUGAGGGCCAGUAUCUGAACGACAGCAUCAUUGAAUUUGGUUUAAAGUACCUUUUUGAAAAGUUCACUGACAAGCAUCCCGAUCUCAGCAAGCGAGUCUACAUGCACAACAGCUUUUUCUACACGAGUUUGACCGGGGACGGUGGCAACCAAUUCAAGUACGAAAAUGUCAAGAGAUGGACUGCAAAGGUGGAUCUGCUGUCCUAUGACUACAUUGUCGUCCCAAUCAACCAGCACUUCCACUGGUGGGUUGCCAUAAUUUGCAACCCAGGGAAACUUGAUCCGGCUCUGGUUACGUCUGAUGUUGUGGACAAAGCCACCGAUGGCAAACCCGGAUUCGGCCCAUUAGCUUCUACUCAGCCAAAGCAACGCAAGCCUGCUUAUAGCCUUGAUGACCCCAGAAUCAUUCUCUUGGACUCGCUCGGAUCUAGUCACGGCCCUGCCGUUAAGAACCUCCGCCGAUAUCUCGUUGAAGAGUUCGAAGACAAGCGUGGCAGGAGGCUUGAGCAAGGUGAUUGGCCAACUCGCCUUGGGAUGAAGGCCACUAAUAUACCGCAGCAAUCGAAUCUCACAGACUGCGGAGUCUAUGUCCUUGGAUACGUGCAAGAGUUUGUCAAGGAUCCAGAUACCUUCGUCAAGGCUCUGCUGUCUAAGGAGCCGCACGAAUGGGCAUUAAGUGCCCCCCUAUUGCGAACGCUCUGGAGGGAUACUAUCUUCUACGAAAAGAGUAUGACCCGCACAGAGCCUGGCCGGCAGCAAAAUGCGGGGAUGAUCUAUCCCAUGUCCGCGGAGAGAAUGACAAAACUUUUUGCUCAAAGCGCCAAACUGAGCACCUCUCCUUCUCGCGAUUCGGUUGUGGGCCGGAGGGAGGAAUCACGACAUGCAGCUGUACCAGAGCCGCUGAAACCUGUGGAAAUGGCGGGAGAACCGGCGCAAGGGCGAAUAGGGUCUCCUGUAAAGGCACCAAAGCCCGCGAAAACUGCAAAGGAGCCAGCAGGACGUAUGAUACCGACAGAAGGUGGGAAGGAGGUAAUCAAGCCUAUGGACCUCGUCGUCGACACACCCCUCAUUCCUUCUAUUGAGGAUUCUAUCGAGGACUCCCCUACCCCAGAACCUCCUCAAAUCACCGACCUCUCCGCACUUGUAGAGCCCGGUUUCUCGAAGCACGUGCCCAAGCCUAAAGAGCGCCCCGCUUCAAAGUUGGGGACUUCGCCGACGCGGCAAUCUUCUCAUGCGGAAGAUGAUGAAGUCAUGCUUGUCCCUUUGGGUCGCCCUGACUCCACAUUGUUCACGGCGAGGAUAUCGAGUUCCCCGGCGGAGGCAAAGAAAGCGGUUGAUACGUCGGUGCAAGAGCUCGACGCAAAGUCAUUCUGCAACAAGUCAGCCACACCUCCUGGGCACACCAAGAAUGCAAAGCCUCGCCAGCCGACGCGCCAGGUUGCCCUAAUGUCACAGUCAUCUCCCGCCCAGGCUCCCAAUCCAAAACGUGCUGAUGCUGGCUCCACGUCCACAGGGGCGUCGAAGCGUCCUCAUACCGGUUCCACGCCCACUGGGGGUUCUCGCCCAAAACGCCCUGGUGCCAGCUCUCCACCUACCACGGGCUCUCAGUCGAGAUAUUUUAAUGGUACCCCAUCCCCAGGUCGGAGGCAGCGAGUGGCUACGAAUGUAGGAGCUGCGUACACAUCCGUGGGUUUUGCACCCACCAGGGAGGCUACCGUGGAGCAGAACUUGGCAGCGGUGAAGCAUUAUGAGCCGAUCAAUAUUGAUGACUCUGAUUGA